AUGAAAGAACGAGAAUUGCUUAGAGAUAUAGUUGUUGCGACGACUUCUGUAGCAGCUGCCGUAGCGGUAUUUCUGUCUUAUAAGAAACAGAAAACACUGACUGCAUUGAGUCCGCCGCAGAAUGGUAUUGAUGGCCUCAUCGGAAAUACGCCGAUGAUGCGGAUCAAGUCAUUAUCGGAAGCCACAGGGUGCGAAAUAUACGCCAAAAUGGAACUUUGCAAUCCUGCCGGCAGUGCAAAGGACAGAGUUGCAUAUGGGAUCGUGCGUGCAGCAGAGAAAAUAGGACUCUUAAGACCAGGACAUCCAGACGUCGUUUUUGAAGGCACAAGUGGAUCAACAGGCAUUUCGAUCGCGACAAUUUGCAACGCUCUGGGAUAUCGUGCCCAUAUUUCACUUCCGGACGACACUUCGGCGGAAAAGAUCGCACUUUUGGAGAGUUUGGGAGCCGAGGUCAACAAAGUGCGGCCUGCCGGGAUUGUCGACCCAGAUCAGUACGUGAAUGCGGCCAGGAGGGCAUGCGAAAAGCUUGCCGGGGACCCAAACCAAGAUGUUAGGGGAGUAUUUGCGGAUCAGUUCGAAAACGAGGCCAAUUGGCGUGUUCACUACGACACCACGGGUCCCGAGAUUUACGAUCAAAUGAACGGUUCGGUUGAUAUGUUCAUUGCAGGGUGUGGUACUGGAGGCACCAUCGCAGGAGUUGGCGCUUUUUUGAAAAGUAAACUUGAGGGACGAGUCAAAGUCGUGCUAGCGGAUCCACAAGGCUCGGGCUUCUACAACAGGGUCAAGUACGGGGUUAUGUACGACACAGUCGAGCGCGAAGGUACACGCAGAAGGCAUCAGGUCGACACGAUAGUCGAGGGAGUUGGACUGAACAGAAUUACUAGAAAUUUUAGCAGAGGCGAGAGUUUCAUUGACGAUGCUGUCAAAGUACCCGAUUCUCAAGCUUUAAAGAUGGCCAAAUACCUUUCCGUGAACGAAGGCCUCUUUAUAGGUAGUAGUACAGCAAUCAAUGCUGUUGUCGCCGUUAAACUUGCCAAAACUCUACCUCGUGGUUCCCGUAUCGUAAUUAUUGCAUGUGACAGUGGGUCCAGACAUCUCAGUAAGUUUUGGAAAGAGGCUCUCAAAGUUGACCGAAAUAUAAGACUACAGGAUAUUUUUAAGGCCUGA